AGUAGUUAUUAAAAAUAAAGCAUAACCAUAAAAGUAAUGGUGUGCGUUACUCUUGUUUUAUUUUUGUGAUUAAAUGUAAAUAGCAUGUAUUAGUCGCUGCGUCCUUGGAAACGUUUGUGCCCUCGAGUAAGACAGUCUUGAAAAAAAACUGACCACUACAGACCUGAGUGUAUUUCGUGAGGCAGGAUCCAGCUGCAUCGUAUGUUUUUUUUUCUGGGUUCAGGUCCACAGAGGCAAAGUGGAGAGGAAGAAUAACAGCUCUAGUACUUUGAUGCCGAACUACAUACCACACAGUACCUCAACUAAAGAAAGAGAAUGAAACCAUCCAAGUCUUUAAAAGUAACAGCUCCCAGGAGAAGUCCAUCUGCUUUGCAAAAAGCGCUGAAAGGUGAAAGCAGAAAGGAGCAGGCAGUGGGCAGGAAGCGGAAGUCAGUGGAGACCAAGACACAGAGCAACUUGUUGCAAACAGAAGGCAGCAGUGUGAAGAAGAAAUGCAAAGAAAAUGAAGAAAGGAACUUCUCAGAUGCUCCACUGCCCACCAAGAACAAAAAAGGGGAACUGUUUUUUGAAGACUUUCCAAGGUUUCAACCAAACCUGACUCCAGAAGAUGUACUACGGACAGGUAGUUUCGGAGGUACCUACUUUCGACCCAUAUACUCGAGCAUUACAAAGCAGAAGUAUAAGGAUGUUUGGAAGGAGUUACCAAAAAGUUGGCUGGAGGGGUUGGAUAUUCCAAAACAGAUAGCAUCUACUACUUACAGAGAAGAUGUGAAUACUUAUAAAGUGAAAUGUGGGGGCAGUCUGGAGAUGUGGGAAAGCAAAGGCUGGAUCAUCCCCCAGGAUCCUUAUGGCUGGUUUCAGUGGUACUGCAGGUUUUACCAAGGACGUCGCUCCCCUGAUGAUGAGCGACAGAUUGGGCGUUGGGAUCGUUGCACAGGAUUCCGUGGUCGUUGGAGAAGGAACCUGAUCACAAAGAUAGUUCACUCUGGGUGUGACUUUGAUAAUCCAGCUGUUAGUCCAGUGGUUCGCCAGACACUUCAGCACUGGGGAUAUCGCCUCAGCAAGGAGGACUAUGAAAAGGGGAAAAAAAAAGUGAAGUACUGACCAAGAAAAUCUGAGUUAGUUCCACAGUAGAGGUUUUCCUUUCAGUUAGCGUAGGACAUACACCUCCAUCCCAAGGAUUAGCACUUAAGUAAGGAAUUUCAUCUGGUAUUACUGUGAUGAUGGAAGAUUUGUGGGAUUGUAAUAGGUCAUUUGUUUGAUGCAGUCUAGUUUUGAGUACUAAAAUGUAUCCAGGUUUAUCAUUUAUGUGCAAGUUCUUUCUUAAUUGUCAUGUGUUUAAUUCUCUUGUCCUCCUCAGUCCAUGUACCCUUCAGCCACCUACUCUUAAAGAAUUCUACUGAAUUUGGCUUGUGCUUUCAUGAUUCAAAAUAUCACUGCCCUGUGGUAUUCAGCCCAAGUCCUGCAUUAGUUCUCACCCAGUUUAUGCAUGGACUUUGACAUUUUCCUGUAGGAAUCUCUGCUGUCUCGCUAGUACUACUACAUACACUGUGAAAUUCACAGUGCCAUUUCCUUUUUUUGAGAAUCUUUCAUCUUUGUGUCACGUCUGUGUGCUUUGUGCAAUCUCGAGGUCAUCCGCAAGCCAGAGGUUUGUACAUUUCACAUAUCAACUCUCAAGACUAUUGUUCCUAGGAAACUCCCCUGUACAGCUGUUCCUGUUCUGGCAGGGGAGCCAUCCACUGAUGGUAAUCAUUUGUGAAUUUAGCAGCUGGGUGCAAAGAAACUGUUUUAAGUACAAAAUGUAUUUACUUUCAUUUAACUUUGACACUAUUUAUUUCACUGUGUACCUCAAGUGCUCAGUCUGGGGAUCAUCAUCAUCAAUCCAUUGUUAUUGUUGGAAUCUCUGUAGAGCCUGGGUCAACAUUGUACCAUUUUGUAUCCCUUUCCCUGCAUUGCAAACAGGCAUACUACUGCUGACAUUUUUCAAGAAAAAUCUGCAUUUUUUUUAGUUGUGCACCGUGUGGUUAAAGUUAUAUGCAAAUAGAGUGGGCAAACACAUUUUGUGCUUUCUGUGCCUUUUCUAUCCAAAAGAGUUAAAUCCUUUACUUAAAGUUAAUCAGCCAUUACAGUUAAACAUGUAUUGGACUGCCAACCCUGCAGUAAGCCAAAGAUCCUACUGAGUUUCUUUCAGCAUAUUAUUGUACUUAUUAAUCUCUAACAGUGGUCUUUGUCAUUGCGUGAAAUAAGUAGUGUGUUACCAUCGAGUCAAAAGGCACAUUUCCAUUAAUUUGUGGAAUGCUAAACAUCCUAAUAAUUGUAGCACCCUUCCCUGGAAUUCUACAGUUACAGUGCAAAUAAGUGCUGAAUAUGACACACCAAGUGUGUAUCCUUCCAGCAAGUGAGGAAAGCAGUUACUGGAAAGUGUACUGUAGGAUGAUAGAGGUUUGCAUGCUUCAGUGUUCACAGGAGAAUGCUUAAAGUAAUGCGAAAAUGUUUACCAUUUUUAAUUACAAUUCAUUAUAUAAUGUUUUAAUGGUUUGCAGUGCUGGUGAUAGAAUGUGUAUUUCUUACAAACAUUUUUUUUAUAAAAUGGCACCAACUGAAAUUGAAUAGUAAGAUUACAGUAUUCUACUUGUGGAUUAGUUUACAACAUAAACUUUAUUAGAUACUGUUUGUCAGCUAGGCCCAGUUGUUAAAAGCCACACAUUUUGUUUUACAUUUUCUGUACCUCUUAACUUUUCAGAAGUGAGGAACUUACUUGGGGAAGGGAGGAAUGUUUAUUAAACAUUUUUACUGAAAUACUG